AGUUACCAAUAUGUUUUUCUGAAAUAUUGUGGAAAAAUGUGUAGAAAGUUCACUACCUUUCUUCUUGCGCUGCUUCAUCUUUUAGCCGUAGUUAAUGUAAUCAGUUGCCAAAAAGAUGAGCCAGAGGUGAUCCAAAAGGCAUGGUCAGGGGUGGUGGAAGCAAUGGAUGGGAUUCGGGUUUUAAUGAGCCUCAAGGGGUCUAAUUAUAAUGAGUCGAGUUAUCGGAGCCUUCAUUUGGCGGCUUUGAGUGAGUGUGCUAGGCUAUAUGAAGACACUGAGCCGCGCCUGGCGAAGUUGGCUCAUGGCGAGGAUUACAGCGGGGAUGAUGCGGUGGCUUGGCUUAGUGCGGCGGCAAGUAGUCACCGGAGUUGUAUGGAUAGCUUGGAAGAGAAGGGGCUGGCCACGGGUGAUAAUCAUGAAGGAGCUUAUAAGAACUUGUCAAUGUUGAUUCAAGAUGCAUUGGCCUUUUAUGGAACCAAAAGAACUACAGAAAGUAGAGUCCAGAAAAGUCUAAAUCUUGGGCAAAAUGAGGGCCUUCUGGCAUCAUGGAGUGCAGCAUCCUCGAAGGCUGAUCUUGUAGUGGCUCAAGAUGGCUCUGGCAAUUACAAGACUAUUAACAGCGCUGUCGAUUCACUAGCAGAAUUGGGUGACAACCGACCACAACGGGUGAUAAUCUACGUGAAAUCUGGUGUGUACAAGGAGAAGGUGGAUAUCAGGAGAGAGCUAAAAAAUAUUAUGUUCGUUGGUGAUGGUAUCGACAAAACUAUUGUGACAGGUGAUAAAAAUGUUAGAGAUGGUGCCACUACUUUCACCUCUGCUACAUUUGGUGUUUCAGGGGAUGGCUUUUGGGCAAGGGACAUGACAUUUGAGAAUGCGGCAGGGCCAGAGAAACAUCAAGCAGUUGCUCUGAGAGUUGCUUCAGACUUUUCAUUGUUCUACAAAUGCAGCAUAAAAGGCUACCAAGACACUCUUUUGGUGCACUCCUUGCGACAAUUCUAUCGUGAUUGUCAAAUUUAUGGCACCAUAGAUUAUAUAUUUGGUAACGCUGCUGUGGUUUUUGAAAAUUGCGACAUAUAUGUCAGAAAGCCGAUGCAGCACCAGGGUAACAUGAUAACAGCACAAGGCAGGCAAGAUCGUCUAGAAAAUACAGGAAUCUCAAUAAUACAUUCCAGAAUUUUACCUGCACCUGAUCUUAGUGCUGUCAAAGACCAGUUCAAGACCUUCUUAGGCCGGCCCUGGAAACAGUAUUCAAGAACCGUGAUUCUGAAAACGGACUUGGACGGUUUAAUUGAUCCGAAAGGAUGGACUGAAUGGAGGGGCGAUUUCGCUCUUUCAACGCUCUAUUAUGGAGAGUAUAUGAAUACCGGAAAUGGAGCUGCAACAACACAUAGGGUGGAUUGGCCUGGAUUUCACGUGAUAAAAGAUUCUAAUGAAGCUAAUUCUUUCGCUGCUAAGAAUUUCAUCAAUGGAGAUCGGUGGAUUCCUGCAACUGGUGUGCCAUUUUCGCCUUAUAUUUAAAAAUUAAGCAUAAUUACUAAGUAAGCAUGCGUGGGUGAUGUUUAUCAGUAUAUGGUGACUAUUAAGAGGGCAAUAAUCUUUAACACUCUGAUAGAAUAAAAUGGACUAUGUAAAAGUUUAUUAUGUAUUGACGUAUUGCACAGUA